UGCACUCAGAAUCUGGACCUUUGGACCAGAUAACUCAGGUGCCAACAUCUUGAUGGAUAAGACAUCAGGAAAUCAAUGGAAUCAGCUUGGUAAUGGUCAACCAAGGAAGGGACCACUUUGCGAAGAAAAUCAAAGAGGUAUCAGAGUCAACAUUUUGGAUUGUGUCUUACAUGCUGAUGCCAUCCACAGAGGAGGUGGUUAAAUCAUCCCAACUGCCAGAAGAUUGUAUUAUGCAUGCGAAUUGACAGCACAACCAAGAUUAUAAGAACCAGUCUUCUUGGCUGAAAUCACUGCACCAAAUGAUGCUACUGGUGGUGUAUAUAACUGUCUCAACACCAGAAGAGGAACAGUCAUUGAAGAGGAAUAAGUUGCAGGAACCCCACUCUCAGUGGUUAGAGCUCAUUUACCAGUCGCUGAAUCAUUCGGUUUCACCGCCCAUUUAAGAGGUAUGACCUAAGGACAAGCCUUCCCUCAAUGUGUCUUUGAUCACUGGGCCAUUGUCAAUGGUAACCCACUUGAAGCUGGAAGCAAAGUUAAUGAGUUAGUCUUAUCCAUCAGAAAGAGAAAGGGUAUCAAAGUCUAAUUGCCAGACCUUAAUGAAUAUUUGGACAAACUCUGAUCUAAAUAUUGUAUUUUAACAUAUCAACAAUAUUCAACCAUAAAAUAUUGUA